CCCUGUCGCGAUGCAGCCGGUCUCGCUCGGAUGGCGGCCCCGGCGGCGGAGCUGCUCGCGUCGCACGGAUGUCGGCUCCGGCGGCAACGCUGCCCGCCCCAAUCAGAUGGCAGUUACCAAUGGCGGAGCGGCUUAACUCGCAUCCAUGUCGGCCCCAUCGGAGGCGCGUCUCACCCCGCCCCAACGGCGCCCCUCGGCGGCGGCGUAGCAAUGCGGUGUUCAGGUAGCGCCAUGGCUGCCUACGCUUGUGCGAUCGAGCAGGGCCGAGGCGACCAUCCCCAUCCAGCCGCCGGCAGCCAAAAGAUUCGCAAGAUUCAGCGUCCUCCUCGAUUUCUUCUGCUAGCUGAUCACGAUCACUGACGUUUCCUCGAGGGCAGCAGAAACGCCCUGAACUCCCAAGUCCAAACUGAGAGUCUGAAAUGGGUUGUACGCCUCCAAUCAUGUAUUUUUUGAGCAGGUGUACGUGGCAUACUCUAGAUCUGCCCAAUACAUCAGAUAAGUUUCUGAUUCGUACGGUUCUACAUUUUUGUUCCUUGUUAAA